AAUAGGAAUUUCCAUCUUGUACAAAUCAAGACUGACAGUGAGAUGAUAUAUAAAGCUGGUGGUGUGUGCUUAUAUCAGAUGAGAUCUUUCGAGAGUUUAAGAGGAUUGUGUUCCUAUUUGUGAGAAUCUUUAAGUAUUCUGCAGUAUGGUGGAAGCAGUACUGGUAGAUCUGUUCAGCCUACCAGCCAACUUGCAGAACAACAUCCAAGAACUGCUAUGUAACACAGUGGAAACUAUUGAGAAAUGUUCUUCCAUCCCUGCUCCAUUUGUUUACGUCAUGAGUUGCCAGAGGCAAGGAAGUGAAAGGAAUGGUGAAAAAGAGUCCUUGCUUCCAGCUCUGAGUGGUUUUCAGAGUCUGAAGAAAAGACUGGAGAUGGUAUAUGCCCCGAAUACAGCGGCUGCUUUGUACACCAUCAAACAAAGCCUGGAUGAAAAAGACCUAAGCAUUAUUAAAGUUAUUCUGCCUACCUUAAGAAAAGACAUAAUGAAAGUAUAUAUAGAUCAUCUUUUUACAGCAGUCUACCAGUUUGAAUUUGAGGAUUUACCCAUGGCACAUGAUUGUGAAAACCUGAAGAUAGCUGAAACUCGGAGUGAAAGGCAAACGCUUCCUAUACAUGACAUGGCACUCAUCCAAAGCGAGAUUCAGGUGUACUUGGAAAGCCUGCCGAGCCUCAAAGGAGAGCUCACCAUCCUCAGAUCUUCUCUCAUUCCAGAUGAUAUCUUCCUACAUGGAUUUACCACAAGGGCAGGUGGGAUCUCCUACAUACCAACUCUAAGCUCCUGCAAUCUCUUCAGCAGUUCCAAGCGGAGGGACCCACAAGUUGUUGUUAAAGAAAAUCUCCGCCGGCUAGCUAAUGCUGCAGGAUUUAACCCAGAGACUUUUCACAGAGUCAAGGUUGAUCAUGCUAAUGCUGUGUGCAUCAUGGGAAAGACCGAGCCUGACAGCUAUGAUGGAAUAGUUACGAAUCAGAAAGGUGUUACAAUAGCAGCUCCAGGUGCUGAUUGCAUACCUGUGCUCUUUGCUGAUCCUGUCAGGAAAGCCUGCGGUGCUGCUCAUUCUGGAUGGAAAGGCACACUGUUAGGAGUUUCUAUGGCCACAGUGAAUGCUAUGGUAUCUGCAUAUGGCUCUAACUUGAAAGAUAUCCUUGUGGUGCUGGGCCCGUCUGUAGGACCUUGCUGCUAUAAACUUCCUCACGAGUCAGCGGCAGAAUUCCACAGAAUUGAUCCAAAGUGUGUGAGACUGUUUGACUCUGCAAAUCCUUAUAUUGAUAUUAGAAGAGCAACACGGAUUCUUCUGGAGAGGGGUGGGAUUCUUCCUGAGAACAUCCAAGAUGAUUCUGUCACAGACCAGAACCAAAAUAUCACUUUCUGUACUGCAUGCCACCCUGAUAAAUUUUACUCUCACUUUCGUGAUGGGACGAAUUUUGGGACACAGAUUGGCUUCAUAUCAGUCAAAGACUGAGAUGGUAACUCUUACUCUUGAAUAGGAUUUAGAAAAGAGGUCUGGUGCAUUGUCUGGCAUCCCUCUCUUCUCAUAGUUCUUUUUUCCUUUCCCAGACCUGCAGUGAAGAAUAAUGAGUCUUAAGGUUCUCCUGCUUCUUCUCUUCCCUGCCAUUCUAAGGCAAGAAUAAAUGUCUGAGGCGUGGGGGCAAUAACUCUUGUCUGAGACAGGGUGCAAAGGAAACAAGGGCAAAGCCCUUCUGCAAGGCCAGAUGCAAAUUCCAACUUUUUUGAACCUCCUUGACCAAAAAUAUUCCCCAGAAAUCUCACUGACUUAGGGAGCACAAAAACCCAGUCUUCAUUAACUUUUGGGUGAGAGCCUGAAAAAAGUGACAGAACUAUGACAUACUGAAAGAAGCAUAACAGGUACAGGAAGGGAAAACUAUAUUGCACAUUCACUGUUAGAGAGCACCAACUUUGGUAGUUUCAGCAGGAGGUUAUUACUUAAAUAUGUGCCUGGACUUGUUUUGGGGUUUGGGGUGUUUGGUUUUUUUUUUUUUUUUUU